CAGGUUGUAACCAGGAUAUACUCAGUGGCAGAAACUGAUGCGAUGCCACUCCUCAUAACUAACUGAGGGCCACCUUUUUUAUUUUAUUUAUUUAUUUAUUUUCGCUCCCUCAACAGCACCAGUGAGACGGGAUGCUGCGCUGCAGAGAGAGCCUCAGCCAGCCGGCUGCAGCGGUGGAGACUGACUGAGAGGAGACCAAAACCAAAACCUCGAUCCACCACGACGCACAGCACCGGCACAAAGCUCCCUGAAGUGGAGGAAAAGGUUGGACGCUCGAAGGGGGGGUUGGCGGAAAGAGCUGGACACCGAAAGAAAUCACAUCUAUUCAUUGGUAUUUUUUUUUAUUUUUUUUAUUUUUUCUUUACUUGAGGAUGUACUGUUUACGCUGGCGAACCACAUAGAGCGGCAGAGACGAGGACCCGGACUUGAUAUUCGCAAUAUCGCUGCCAUUCCGCCGUUUGGGUCGGGAGGGAGAGACGCUACUGGCGGUCACCACAGCCGGUAUCAUCUGGGAGAGAAAAGAAAAAGUGAGACGAAGGAGGACUUUUUUUUAUAUAUAUAUAUAUUCAGCACAGCUUUAAUGAAGAAGCAGACCUGCUAACAUUCUCGCAGAAGGGACCCUCUUAAACAAGUAUGGGGUCACCAUGGAAACCAUUUCUCCUCCUGUCUGUCAUCAGUGGCCUUUCAGACAUUGCAAGAGCUGUUGCAGCACGGCCUAUAUCAUAUGCAGCGGUAUUACGAAUGAAACCAGACAGCUCGUCAGUGCUCAACUCGCGCAAUAGACCCCGACAACACCACAGUGGUGGGCUGGUGACUCCUGACUGGCCUGCUUUCUCCAGUCACCCCCUGUCAGCCUUGAGUCUGCUCCGCUCUCAGGAGGACUACAGGAGUGAAGAGAAUGAAGAGUUUGGGCCUGUCUUUAUCCAGGAGCCAGACGAUGUUAUUUUUCCUUUGGAUUCUGGUGAAAAGAAAGUGGUGAUGCACUGUGAAGCACGGGGGAAUCCACCACCCACAUACAGUUGGUACAUCAACCGGACAGAAGUAAAUGCAGAGUCAGAUUAUCGCUACAGCGUCAUUGAUGGAAACUUACUUAUUAACAAUGCAAGUGAGAUCACUGACUUCGGGAAGUACCAGUGUAAAGCGGAGAACGGCUUUGGGACGGUCCUCAGUCGAGACGCUCUUUUACAGUUUGCAUAUCUCGGUGCAUUUAGUGUGAAGACCAGAGGUGGGGUGUCUGUGCGGGAAGGCCAAGGUGUGGUACUCAUGUGUACCCCUCCUCCUCAUUCACCAGAGAUCAUCUACAGCUGGGUGUUUAAUGAGUUCCCCUCAUUUGUUGCCGAGGACAGUCGGCGCUUCAUUUCCCAGGACACAGGAAACCUCUACAUCUCGAAGGUGCAACCCUCUGACGUAGGAAGUUACAUCUGUCUUGUGAAGAACACAGUGACGAAUGCACGGGUUCUGAGCCCUCCAACACCUCUAACACUGAAAACCGACGGUAUCAUGGGUGAAUAUGAGCCCAAAAUUGAAGUGCAUUUUCCUACAUCUGUGCUGGCUGCCAGAGGAGUCACUGUCAGGCUGGAGUGCUUUGCUCUGGGGAAUCCAGUGCCAACAAUCACAUGGCGGAAGAUAAAUGGCAACAUUCCCAAAAAGGCAAGACUGCGGAAGUCCCAGGCUGUGCUGGAAAUUCCCAACAUUCAGCUGGAGGACUCAGGAACUUAUGAAUGCAAAGCUGAGAAUCCAAGAGGAGGAACUGCUUUCAAAGGACAUCUGCAGGUCUACACCCUCCCUCAGUGGGUCAGAAUGAUUAAUGACACUCAGAUGGAUAGUGGAGAGAAGCUCCAAUGGGAGUGCAAGGCCACGGGGAGGCCCCGGCCCACCUAUCGCUGGCUUCGUAAUGGUUUGCCCUUGACAUCCCAGGGUCGAGUUGAAAUAGUGAACGGAGAAGUGACCAUUCACAAAGUGCAGCAGACGGACUCGGGAAUGUACCAAUGCGUUGCAGAAAACAAAUACGGGGCCAUCUACUCUAAUGCUGAGCUCAAGAUUUUAGCGUCUGCACCUGUCUUUGUCCACAAUCCCUUACGCAUCAUUGCCACACUUGGAAAAGAUGUAUUACUAGAAUGCAAACCCAGAGCAUCACCCAAACCAAGGAUAACAUGGAAGAGAGGAGACAGAAGGAUACAGCCAAAUAAAAGGAUUAUGUUGUUACGGAACAACACUCUGAGAAUUGUUAACUCCAGCCGAGCGGAUGAGGGGAACUAUGUGUGCCGGGCAGAGAAUCAGUUGGGCUCGGCAGAGAUGACUGCCAUACUGUGGGUAAAAGACGCCAUGCGUGUGGAGCUCAGCCCGAGCAGAGUGGAAGUGACCGUGGGGGAGAGCGUGGUGCUGAGCUGCAAGGCCACGCAUGACACAUCGCUGGAUGUGGCUUUCCAGUGGUUCUUCAACCAGAAACCAAUCAACUUUCAACAGGACGGCGGCCACUUUGAAUACAUCCAAACAGUAAGAGCGAGAGUAAGAGCAAAACAGUCUUCGACAGUAGAUCUGAUGAUCAGGAGCAUCUUGUUGAAGCAUGCUGGGAAGUAUGGGUGCCGGGCCCAGACCAGUGCUGACACUGUAUUUGCUGAGGCUGAACUUCUUGUUCGAGGUCCUCCUGGACCUCCUGGAGUGGUGAUUGUGGAGGAGAUCACAGAUACCACAGCCACCCUGUCCUGGACCCGUGGCCUGGACAACCACAGCCCUAUCAGCACCUAUAAUUUACAGGCGCGCAGCCCAUUUUCAUUAGGCUGGCAAACUGUCAAAACAGACCCAGACCCAGUGACAGGGGACAUGGAGUCAGCCAUGGCUGUGGAGCUCAACCCCUGGGUGGAAUAUGAGUUCAGGGUUGUGGCCAGCAAUGCAAUCGGGACCGGAGAUCCCAGUGCACCUUCGAGAGGAGUUAGGACUAAAGAAGCAGUCCCGUCAGUGGCACCAGUGAACGUCAGUGGAGGGAAUGGCCGCAGGCAUGAACUGGUCAUCUCGUGGGAGCCUGUAUCUGAGGAGUUCCAAAAUGGUGAGGGCUUUGGGUAUAUCGUUGCAUUUCGUGCCAACGGAACCAGAGGCUGGAAGGAGAAAAUGGUGACUUCAGCAGACUCUACAACGUAUAAAUACAGAGACGAGACGUUCCCUCCCCUUACUCCGUUUGAAGUGAAGGUCGGAGUGUACAACAAUAAAGGAGAUGGGCCGUUCAGCAAAGUUGUCAUCAUCCACUCUGCUGAGGGGGAGCCGAGGGAAGCACCAUCUGAUGUGAAAGCUUAUAUCAUUUCUUCAUCGGAAAUAAGGGUCACUUGGAAACCCCCCAAUCCUGGCCCCGGAAGGCCGAGAGGAUAUGAGGUCAGCUACUGGAAAGACAUUGAGCAGGAAGAGUUGGGGAAAAAACAAAGAACUGUGAAAAACGAAACAUCCAUGGUCUUGACAGGACUAGAGGGCAACAGUCUGUAUCUCAUCACAGUAAAAGGCUUCAACAGCAUCGGCCAGGGUCCUGCCACUGCCGCUGUCACAGCCAAGACCAGGAAGGCCCCUCCUGCUCAGCCUCCAACCAACCUCAUGUGGAUUCAAGAGGGCAACAACGUGUCUUUAAGCUGGGACCCAGUGAAGGCAAAAGACAAUGAAUCGGAUGUCAUCGGGUACAUGGUGUUGCUCAAACAGGAGGGCAGAGGUCACAACCAGGUGACAAGAACCAUUAACCCUUCCACCAUGCUCUCACUGCCAGAGGGAGGCACCUAUAUCAUUGAGGUGCGCGCCCUCAGCGAAGGGGGAGAGGGAGCCGUCAGCUCCCAAGUUCGUGUGGUCACCUCCUCCGGUGUGCGAGCAAAAAGCAACCAGUGCUCAGUUCACCGCCUGCCACAGAGCCUAACAUGGACAGCACUGCUCCUGGUUCUACUGGUGCCUUCAGCUUCUUGGUGAGGCCACUGUGCCAAUCCUCAUUUUCGUGGAGGGAGCCACCAGUCUUCCGCUCCCUUAUUCCCUCUGACUGCCUGCUCGCUUUGGCCUUACCCAUCCCAAAGGUCCCGAGGCCUGCCAAAGGGGGUUUAGUCUGCCAGUUAACAUGCAGCUCUUCAGAGGUCGUCCUUUUGAGUUCCCUGUUCCUUUUGAGGCUCUGGACAUUUUGAUUUGCACAGUUCUUUCCAACAUCACGGUAGUGUUGUACUGUAGUGUACAUUGUGUGGAAAGAUUUGUUUAAUCAUUUACUUUAACAUCAUGUGUUCCUCUCAUUGACUGGCAUCUAACCACUUCCAGACGGCCCCUACAGCUCUGGGGCUCUGCAGAGCGUGAACAAUUCCUCGAAAGCUGCUGUGGUAGUAAUACAGGGAUCAGCCGGCCUGUUUCUUUUCAUUACUUAUCUGCAUCAAUUUACCCCUUGGCUGCCUAACAAGCAAUGCAGCAGAAGCUCUGUAGAGAUAAGUGCAUUGUUUUCUUAUUCACACAUUGAGGAGAAAAAAGUUUUUUAUGGAACCAAGAAUCUUACUAUUUCCAGACUUGCUUUUUGUACAUUGUGUUACCUUUAGAGAAAAAAACACCGUGGUGUGUGUCAGCUAUGUCAAAUUCUCUGUUUUUGGUAGUGAUUAAGCAAUGCUUGGUGAUACAGUUUGUUGACUGUUGGAUGUAUGGAAGUAGGAAACAGGUACCUACCUGUAGUGCCCAAACACAUCAAUAGACAAAGACAACUCUGUACGGACUCUUGGUAUCAGUACAAAUAAAUGUGAUGUAUAUUUUUUAAA